UAUUGAUAUGUAGAAACACAUGUUUCUGUCCACUUUCAACUAAGGUUUUUAAGAUUUUAGCUUAGUUGUAGGUGCAAUUCCAUGUGUGGGUUUUGUUGUUUUUGAUAAUUCAUCACUUAUCGGGUCACUGACAGUUUAAGCCAUUGUUCGGAAACUUUUGAAGUUCAAGGUCAACCGCGGGAAUCAAGUAUGCUGUGGACUCUGAAUUUCGGCCGACGCUUUUCGACAACAAAGCGCAUCCUUUACGACAUGAAGAUAGCUAUAAUUGGACAAAGCAUAUUUGCCAGCGGAGUAUACAAGCUAUUGAGGCAAGAUGGACACAAAAUCGUCGGUGUUUUCACAGUCCCCGAUAAAGGAAAAAGAGAAGAUCCACUAGCCACAACGGCAAAAGAAGAUGGAGUUCCAGUGUUCAAGAUACCGAGAUGGCGGCUUAAAGGACAGCCUAUCAAAGAUGUACUUGAUCAAUAUAAAUCAGUGGAUGCUGAACUUAAUGUUUUACCAUUUUGCACUCAAUUCAUUCCAAUGGAUGUCAUCAAUCAUCCUCGUCAUCGUUCAAUAUGUUAUCAUCCUUCUCUUUUGCCUAAACACAGAGGAGUCUCAUCUAUUAAUUGGACUCUAAUAAGUGGAGACAAAAAAGCUGGAUUUUCAGUAUUUUGGGCUGAUGAUGGCUUAGAUACAGGGCCAAUACUUCUCCAACGUGAAUGCGAUGUUGAGCCAAAUGAUACUGUUGAUAGUUUAUACAAUAGGUUUCUGUAUCCGGAAGGAAUUGCAGCUAUGGCAGAAGCAGUAACUAUGGUUGCAAAUGGUACGGCUCCUAAAAUUCCACAAACAGAAGAAGGUGCUUCAUAUGAGCCGGCGUUAAAUAAAUUGGAGCUAUGUAUGAUUAAAUUUGAGGAAUUAAAUGUUCAAGAACUACAUAACUUUAUUAGGGGAAUGGAUAAAGUUCCAGGAGCUGCUGCUAUGAUAGAUAAUCAGCUUGUACGUUUGUAUGGUUCAACUCUAUGGGAUGGAGAAAUUCCUGACGGUCAGAAAGUAACCAUUAAAGGCUUGCAAUCUCCAGCAAUAGUUCACUCCGCUGGCUUACUUAUUCAAGGAAAAGAUGGUAAAGCAAUCAAUAUAAAAACAAUGAAGUUGGAGGACAGUGGACGCGUUAUAAAUGCUUCAAGGUACGGAGCAGUGGAAUCUGAAUCAGAGGACAUAGAUUUAACUGAAGAAGAAAGGGCCGUUUCAGAUAACAUCAAGGUAAUUUGGGAAGGAAUACUUAGCGCGGAAAUCGAAAAUGAUACAGACUUCUUCAAAAGCGGGGCAGGAUCGAUGGAUGUGGCAAGAUUAGUCGAAGAGAUUAAGGAAAAGUGUGGCAUAACAAUUGAAAAUGAGAAUGUUUACAUGGCUACGACAUUUGAAGAAUUUGUUAAGUCUGUGAUUUUGAGACAACGCAGGGGUUCAGCGUCUCCAAAACUAGAGUUCAAUGCUGUCAAUAUGCAUGUAAAUAAUAUGGAUAUAAAAUUUCCAACUCAACUUUUCAUAAAUAAUCGUUUUCAAGAUGCAUCAUCUGGAAAAGUUCUAAAAUCAAUCAAUCCCACCGAUGAAUCGAUUAUCUGUGAUGUUCAAUGUGCUUCUCCAGAAGAUGUAGACAAAGCUGUGAAAGCAGCAAAAGUAUCAUUUGAAGAUGGUGAAUGGGGUAAGAUGAAUGCUCGGGAUAGAGCGCGACUAAUGUACAGACUUGCAGAUUUCAUGGAGGAACAUAAAGAAGAACUUGCUACAUUAGAAAGUAUAGAUUCCGGAGCUGUCUAUACAUUAGCCUUGAAAACACACGUAGGCAUGUCAAUAGAUACGUGGAGAUACUUUGCUGGUUGGUGUGACAAAAUUCAAGGUUCUACUAUUCCUAUUAAUAACGCUCGUCCUAACAGGAAUCUCACUUUUACGAAAAAAGAGCCCAUUGGGGUGUGUGGCAUAAUAACUCCUUGGAAUUACCCAUUAAUGAUGGUUUCAUGGAAAAUGGCGGCAUGUCUAGCUGCAGGAAACACAGUUGUCUUAAAACCAGCUCAAGUCUGUCCUCUUACUGCACUGAAAUUGGCCGAACUUAGCGUAUAUGCCGGAUUCCCAGCAGGUGUUAUUAACAUUCUACCUGGACGUGGAGGUGAAUGUGGGCAGGCUAUGGCUGAGCAUCCGCUUAUUAGAAAGCUUGGAUUCACAGGCUCGACACCUAUCGGUAAACAAAUCAUGAACAGUUGUGCUGUUUCAAAUUUGAAGAAAGUGUCAUUAGAAUUAGGUGGUAAAUCUCCUCUGAUAAUAUUUUCUGACUGUGAUUUAGACAAAGCCGUAAGGCAGGGAAUGAGUGGAGUUUAUUUCAACAAGGGUGAAAACUGUAUUGCAGCUGGUCGAUUAUUUGUGGAAGAUUCAAUACACGACGUCUUCGUAGAGAAAGUGAUUGCAGAAACUAAAAAAAUGGUUAUUGGUGAUCCUUUAGACAGGUCAACAGAUCAUGGCCCUCAAAAUCACAAAGCUCAUAUGGAUAAACUUUUACAAUACGUUGAAACUGGUGUAAAAGAAGGAGCGAAAUUAGUUUACGGUGGUAAACGAUUAAAUAGACCAGGCUUUUUCUUGGAGCCAACGAUAUUUACUGAAGUUGAAGAUCAUAUGUUCAUUGCAAAAGAAGAAUCUUUUGGACCAAUAAUGAUUAUUUCCAGGUUUAAAAAUGGCGAUGUGAAUGGUGUCUUGAAACGAGCCAAUGCAACAGAAUUCGGAUUGGCCUCUGGAGUAUUUACAAGAGAUCUGUCGAAGGCUAUGUAUGUUAGCGAGAAAAUUGAUGCAGGAACGUGUUUCAUCAACUGUUAUAAUAAGACAGACGUUGCUGCCCCAUUCGGAGGAUUCAAGCAGUCCGGUUUUGGGAAAGAUCUAGGUGAAGAAGCACUUAAUGAAUAUUUACGAACAAAGUGCGUUACAAUGGAAUAUUAAUGGGUCAUUUCAUAUAAGAGCGAAGAUGUUGGUCAUCCUCAAACAGCGAAACAUGUGAAGGACAUUUUUGUAUUUAUCUCCUGUUGCACCAGUUACUUUAUGUAACACUUUAUGUAAAUUUAAUAAAUUUUCAUUUUCGAAACGAG